GGAACAUGGCGGCGGUGAUGAUGAGGAUUGUACAGGCUUCAUUCUCAGGGCGCUGCUGUUACUCUGUGGCCAAAUCAGUGAGUUAUACAGCGCACUUUAUAUCACUUCUGGAGCUGUAACACGCUUUUUUCAUGAACGACUGCUUGGAUUUGGAGGUUAGUUUGUGUGCUACUAGGCCUCUUCCAGAAAAAGUGAAGAUAGUGGAAGUCGGACCCAGAGAUGGACUGCAGAACGAGAAGACCAUCGUUCCAGCCGAGGUGAAGAUCCGUCUGAUCGACAUGCUCUCGGAGGCGGGACUUCCUGUCAUUGAGGCUACGAGUUUUGUCUCGCCUAAAUGGGUCCCACAGAUGGCUGAUCGGGAAGAAGUGAUGCAAGGCAUCAACAGGAAGCCUGGCGUGAAUUAUCCAGUGCUGACUCCUAACCUGAAGGGCUACAGAGCUGCUGUGACGGCUGGCGCGAAGGAGGUGGCGAUAUUCGGCGCCGCCUCGGAGCUCUUCAGUAAGAAGAACAUUAACUGCACGGUGGAGGAGAGUCUGCAGCGCUUCGAGGAAGUGACGUCGGCGGCCAAACAGGAAGGAGUACCUGUCCGAGGCUAUGUGUCAUGUGUCCUGGGAUGUCCUUACGAAGGCAAUGUCUCGCCGAUGAAGGUAGCCGAUGUCGCGAAGCGUCUGUACGCGAUGGGCUGUUACGAAAUCUCGCUGGGUGACACGAUCGGAGUGGGUACGCCGGGCGGCAUGUCCCAGAUGCUGGAGGCGGUGAUGAAGGAGGUGCCGGUCGACGCCCUGGCUGUUCACUGCCACGACACGUACGGACAGGCGCUCGCUAACAUCCUGGUCGCGCUGCAGAAUGGCGUUAGCGUCGUGGACUCGUCGGUGUCGGGAUUGGGUGGCUGCCCGUACGCUCAGGGGGCUUCUGGAAACGUGGCCACCGAGGACGUCGUGUACAUGCUGCACGGACUCGGCAUCCAUACGGGAGUAGACCUGCAGAAGCUGAUGGAUGCCGGAUCGUUCAUCUGCCGCUCUCUCAACAGACGAACCAGUUCCAAAGUUGCUCAAGCUUCGUGUAAACUGUGACCUCAGUUCAACUGUGUGUGUGUGUGUGUGUGUGUGUGUGUGUGUGUGUGUGUGUGUGUUUUUUAUCCGUCUGUUUGGAAUUUCAUACCUUUUGCCUAAUCUAAUAACGACCAUGCUACCCGAGUAUUGUUCAUUCUGAUCGUGUCGCUUUUAACUCCGGUCAUUCUGUCUCUCGUUCUUGCUCUCUCUCGCACUCUCACUCUUUCUCUCUCGUUCUCUCGCGCUCUCUCACAUUCUCUCUCGCUCUCUAGUUCUCGCUUUCUCUCUUGCUUUCUCAUUCUCUCUCUCGCGCUCUCUGUCUUUCUUGCUCUCUUUCUCUCUCGCGCUCUCUCUCUCUCUCUCUCUCAUUCGCUCUCUCUUUCAUUCACUCUCACUCUCUAGUUCUUGCUUUCUCGUUCUCUCGUUCUCUCUCGCUCUCUUUCUCGUUCUGUCUCUCUCCAUCUUGCUCUCGUUCUCUCUAGUUCUCGCUCUCUAGUUCUCGCUCUCUAGUUCUCGCUCUCUAGUUCUCGCUUUCUCUCUCUCGCUUUCUCUCUCGCGCUUUCUCUCUCGCGCUUUCUCUCUCACACUUUCUCUCUCGCGUGUUCUCUCUCGCUUUCUCUCGCUCUCUCUCUCUCUCUCUCUCUCUCUCUCUGUCUCUGAAUCUGCCAUUUCCUGAAACAAACAUAACGAGGCCCUGAUUAGCCCUGUAGAGCCUAAUGAACGGACGCACGAUAUCACGCGUGCUUUAACCUGCACCACACACUGUUUCCAGCUGAAACACACUUUCCAUUUGGUCCCAUAAUUGAAGGAAGCCGCAUGAAUCAGUGGCUUGUUUUCAGAAGAUAUUUGUACUGGAGGAUUUCUCAUGAAUAGGUCUUGUAAUUAUACACACGCACACACACACGGAAGCACGGAGAGAGACUGCUUCUCGUCUGGAUGCCUUGGAUUUGACAGCCUGCGUGCGUGUGUGCGUGCGCGCGCGUGCGUGCGUGUGUGUGUGGGUACAGUCUGGUAUAAAUAUACAGAAGCAAGUGUUUAAACUGUCUAGUGUACUUAUAAUCAGGGAAGCAGCUCCAGUUCUUCUUGAUGGCUCGAUAUUGUCGUUUUCAGCCCUUAAGGAACCUAAACAUCACGUGACGGCGUUAUUUCCCGAUAAACCGCCGACGUGAACAACGGUCGCUCGCCCACGGAUCUCUAUUUUCCGUAAGAAGCGUGAUUUGUCGUAACCGCUGAUCCACAGUCCGGUCCUGUUCCGAGCCCUAAUAUGGUCCGGCAGUCAUUUCAAGAGGUCUGCGGAGCCAAAAGUCACCGCUGGCUCUCACAUUAAUAUUACUCGGUAUUGCCAAGAUACAGCCAAAACGAAAACAAAUACACGACCUUAAGAAUUAUGAGUAUAUAAGAUGCGAUUGGCAUCAUCCGCUGAAAUCCAAGUGGCCAACGCACUGGGAAGGAAUAUUUUUACAACUGGAGAAAUGCCGUGUACCACGGCGCCGUUAGAUUCUCGAUUCUGAUUGGUCAGAAGGUGGUGAAUUUAAAAAAUUUUUAAAACAUUUGCCGUAACAGCAGAUUUACAUUUAAGGUUUAGAUUUUUCUUAAUUUAUCUAUAACGACGGGGCAAUUCACAAGUCACGUUAUUGAAUCCGUUUCACAUUUUUUGGGAGGAGUCUCCAGUGUCAGUCGUAGAUGAAGCUCCAGUUUCAAGUUUUUCGGACGUCUUCAGGACUGAGGAGUCUACGCUUUGCGUUGCCGGUGAGGUAGCGACCGUUUACUGCUGAUUAUAACGUGAGCGAGAACAGGAACUAACCUAACUAACAUUAAAUGUAACAAUAAAUGGAUAAAAAGUCAGACAUUUUCUUUUUUAUUAAUAAUUUUUUUUUUUUAAACUGCUUUGGGGGAUACGGGGGGGGGGGGCUAUGGGUUGUGUGUUGUUUUUUUUUUGUUUGUUUGUUUGUUUGUUUUUGUUUUUUUGCAGAGAACUACUUAAAUCGGCGUAAUCGCGAUAGAUUAAUCGACACCUGACCAAUCAGAAGCCGGAAUUUAACAGAAUAGGAAUCGCACCUCCCUGAUCAGUCCGUACAGGAUUUCAGAGGGGUUUAUUUAUUUAUUUUUUUUAAAAAAAACUUUUGGACAUGCCUUAUCCGACUAUUUUCGUCGACUGAUGCGACGACUAUUAAAUCAGGAAUGCACUAAAGAAUUUUAAGCCUCCGCGGCAUGAAGAAAGGCCCACACUAGGCUUUCUUCUUCUGUACAGGAAAACCUUCCUGUGGCUAACGGUCUCCCGAAGAGACGCAGCAGGACAGACUUCGCUCCGCUGGUUAAUUUAUUUUGCACAUGUUUUCGCGGUUCUCGCGGCCUGACGGAAGACAGACGCUUCACGCUGCCGGCGUCGCAUCGGGAGAACGUUUAUCACGGUCUACGCACGCCAAUCUCACUUCCUUUCCGCGCACGGACCUCCGGUGUAUAUUCGCACGAACCAUUUGAUUGUACGUGAAUUAUUUUUGGGGAUAACUUCACGCUUCGGUUAUGUACUUUAUCGGUUUAUUUACUGACUUGAUAAAUGCUGUAUUGAAAUAAACGGUGUUUGUGUAAUAUGUAAA